AACUUAACAAAGUUUCGCGGAAAAUCUGCACAAAAUCAAAUCAAACUACCAAUAAUAGACAAACGGCUUACAUCUUGGCUGCUGCUUUCUCAACAAGGCUAAUUAAAUUGAAAAAUUACAAACCAAAAAGAGUAGAAAAAUAAUUGUAGACGCGCUUUCAUCUCGCUUGUUAAUUGAUCAACGAAAUUCAAAAAAAAAAACUUCAAUUAUUUUGGACAAUUGUGCAACUGGUCCUCACCCUCAAUACAAGACACUUAACCUUAACUUAACAAUUAUUAUUGUUAAAUAUUAUUCGAUUCAAGUGCGCCAAACCAAAAACACCUCCCCCCACCCCGAAAAAAACGUACUUUUACUUCAAACGAAAGCAAAGCCCCCCACGCGGUUAACAAAAAAAAAAUUUGAAAGAAAUAAUAAAAAUUAUUCAAGUGGCAGCUGAAGUAAAUAAAAAAAAAUUAUUAUUAUUGUAAUUUCAAAUAACCAAAAUGGUUGAGAAAACAGAUAUGUCGAAAUUUGUGGGCGUCGCCGAUAUCACAGAGAACAAGAAUAUAUGGCGAAUGCUGCUGGGUGAAUUGAUUGGAACAUUUUUCUUGGUAUUUGUUGGCGUUGGUAGUACCAGCAGCGGAAGUGUACCACAGAUUGCAUUCACCUUUGGCUUGACGGUGGCCACAUUGGCCCAGGGUCUGGGUCACAUCAGUGGAUGUCAUAUCAAUCCGGCCGUUACCAUUGGGUUCUUCAUUGUGGGCGAGAUGAGCAUUCUGAAGUCCGCCUUCUAUAUUAUUGUACAAUGUGUGGGGGCCAUAGCUGGAGCAGCUGUGAUCAAAGUGGCUGUAGCUGGCAUCGAUACCAAUGAGUUGGGUAUAUCGGCAUUCAAUAGCGGUUUGGAUGUGGGUCAGGCUGUAUUGAUUGAAGCUCUGAUCACCUUCAUUUUGGUAUUUGUGGUCAAAGCGGUGUCAGAUCCCGGUCGUCAGGAUAUCAAAGGAUCAGCUCCCCUGGCCGUGGGACUAUCUAUUGCUGCAGGUCAUUUGUGUGCUAUAACAUUGACUGGCGCCAGCAUGAAUCCGGCUCGCUCUUUCGGCCCGGCUGUGGUCCAGGGCUUGUGGAAAAAUCAUUGGGUCUAUUGGGUGGGUCCUCUGGCUGGAGGCAUUUUAGCCGGUCUUAUCUACCGGUUCAUUUUCAAAGUGCGCAAGGGAGACGAUGAGGCCAGCUCGUAUGACUUUUAAUUCUACGGAAAUUUCAACAUAAUUUCCAUUAAUUGUUGUCCCAGCUAUCUACAUAUUUACUACACAUCCCCCCUCGCACACAUUCACCCAUCCACAUCUCCAUCAUUUACACUAUCAUAAAUACUCUUCCCAUUUUCAUUUCCACGCAUUGAAAUUUAGUUUAGUGCAAUCACACACACAAAAAACAAGCAAAAACAAAAACUGUUGAACAAUUUUUAU